CUUGAGUUUGGGAACCGAUCAAUUCCGGAACAGUAACAGGUCACUCAUUACUCCUUGCUUGGACUACCCACCCUUCAGGAUCAACGCCACUCCCUUCUGCUUUCGUUUUUCACCUAAUAGUACGGACUAUUCGUACCCGAGGACCCUUACCGUUUCGUGCUUAAUACUGUCCAUGUACACUCUCAUCUAAUAGCGAAUCAUAUACUCAGACCUCCGCUCCAAGAUACUUCAGAAGCCCUCUAGUCCGCACCUGUCUCGAACGUCCGAACGUCUUCUGCAUUUUCCGUUAUCUCUAUCUAACUCUUAACUCGCUCACAAUUCCCUUCGAACUCAUACAGCCGCCUUACAACAAUCAAGCGCGGUGCCAGUCCUUGCAUCUAGCAUUUCUGCCAUCAACAUGACAGUUUCCACCAUCAUUCACGCACGAUAUGCCCUCAGCACUCGGUCACUUUCUCAGGCGCGCAGCCAAAGAAGAAGGCACAAUUGCGGAUGUGUUCACGACACUAGACCUGGUACCAAAGUUGCUGCACUCCAGCUCGCCACACCUGUGAGUAUCGUGCAGGCAUGGAAGCAGUAUGGGGGAGAAGUCAUUCCUCGUGUGUCGUUUACCGACAUUGAACGUGGCUUGUCCAACGCUCAGAAAGAUCAUAUUAAGAAAUCCGGUGUUGUUGUAGUCACGGGAGCAGUUCCAAAGGAGGAAGCACUACGAUGGAAAGUGUCCUUGAAGGAAUAUAUCACCGCGAACCCCGUCAAAGCUCCCCAAUUUUGGCAUGACCCAUCCAACAAACGCGUCAGCUUUAGUACUCCCAUCAGUUACCUCGACCGCUUGCGCAUUCGUACACCUGGCGACAGCUCAUUCACACUUGACCCUCAUAUCGAUGGGGGAAGCAUCGAGCGCUGGGAGGAUCCUACAUUCCGUAGGGUCUUCCGCCGAAUCUUAGCAGGGGGACGGGAUCUAUACAAUGCACCGGGUCAAUGUUCUGUCCUCCGUUGUUGGCAAGGCUGGACCUCACUUUCCACGACUGGCGUCGGCGAGGGUACACUUCGCGUACUUCCAAUGCUCUCCCUAGCGACAGCGUACAUCAUGCUUCGUCCUUUCUUCCGUCCCAGUGGCCCCUCCGGUGGUGAGUGGGAGCUGGACUUGGAAAGCAGCUUGUUCCCAGGGAGUAUACCAGGCAAGGGGCAGGAGCUUAAUGAAGAGACGCACCCGCAUCUGAAACUCGGCGAGACCAUGACAAGCAUUCCAGAGAUUCAACCUGGUGAUCAGGUUUAUUGGCAUUGCGAUACAGUACAUUCGGUAGAGAAACUGCAUGGUGGUCAAAAGGAUUCGUCGGUUUUCUAUAUUCCUGCAGUCCCACUUACCGUGAAAAAUGCAUCAUAUAUUCGGGAUCAGCGAAUUAAUUUCGUGCAUGGUCUUCCCGCUCCGGACUUCCCUGGAGGCUCUGGCGAAUCUACUUUCGCAGGACGAGCUACGGCGCAAGAUGUCACCACUAGCCAAGGGCGUCGGGCGUUGGGUUUCGAGCCAUUCUUAUCAGAGGGGAUCGAGAAUAACGAGCUUGUCAAUGCAGCGAAUCGUGUCUUGUUCGGUUGAGGAUCAAUGUGUCCAUGGAACUCGCCACAAUAAGAACGUUCUUGGUUGCUGAAUGUAGAGUAGUUACUCUUUGAAAGGUCCAAAUACAUCCGAGUCAAUGUGGAACGUUCAA